AACUUUAUAAUUCAUUAAAGCGAACCCCGACAUAUCUGUCUAUGCUUAUUUUAACAUAACAAACUGGGUGAUUUCAAUAAUUUAUGAAAAUGUAUCGUUUUCCUUCGCCUGUUUGAAACAAAAAAGUGGAAGGAUACAACUGUUGGUAAAUAAGUGGUGAUGCGGCCACAGUAAGAAAGGAAGACGAUUUUUUUUCUAAAUUACGUUGAUAGUUUAUAUUAACUAAAUUAUGAAAUGAUUUAGUCGUGAGGACAUAUGACCAUUUACUGAAGAUAGACAGAAUUUCGAGGCGUGCGUCGGAAUACGCUGCUGUUUGAGAAGUUUCUAUUUUCUUUUCCACCUGACUGCUUAGCGCAGCGGCGGCGCUUCGGUGGCCGGGGCUGAAUGUCCGUCGCCCUGCCGUGCAUCACCGGAGGAGACAUGGCUCAGUGAAAACACCGACGGGCUGCUGCGGCGGAUCCUUUUCUAAACGCUUCGAUUAUGCGAGUAACACUUCGCCUCGGACCAGAUCGGAUGCGUUCCCGCGAUCUCCUUUUAAUGAAUGAGGAUCAUAGUCCCUUGUUUGCUCCCUUUAAAGAUGAGGCGGAUCGCCGGACUGGGGGAUCGUGGCCGCCGCUCUAGGAGAAGUCCUGAUAACCGGGUUCACUUAUCUGUGCUGCUUUCUUGAAAAAAGAAAAUAAAACAAAACUAUUUAAGGCGAUGGGAUCGGGGAUGACUGGAUUACAAAGCAUGGAUUGUAAACAACGCACGAUGCUGCUGGGCUGAUUUUACGUUUGGUGGAAUAAAACAAUCAUUGUCACAGAUCUGUUUAUUGUUUUAUAUGUUUGGUUUAUUUUUUUGUUUUAUAACCUACCCUCCUUUUUUUGAGGAGGGUGCCUGAUUUAUCUGCUAUCUCAGCUGUUUGCCCCACCGUAGUGUUCUACGCGGGGAGUUGUGGGGUCGUCCCUGGUUUUAGGGCCUCUUGCCCGGGGAAGCGUCGAGACCAUGGAUGCAUAAACUGUUUAAAUUGUGCCAAACUCCUUGUGUGGAGUUUUACAGUCAAUCAUCCCUUGGAGUCCUUCAGCCCGGUCAAGAAAAUAAAGAAACUCUCGACUGCGAAACUUAAGAGACUUACGGGCAUGCAUUGUGUUCUCGAUGGAAGGACAUUCAGGACUCGGCUUUUUAUUAGGACAGAAGAGUGAAAAUGCUUGUGCACACCUACAGGGGCGAUCUGGCAAGUUACAAGUGUCAGGGCAUGUCUGUCGUUUCCUAAGAUAAUCAUGUACACUGGGGACACACGUUAGACCCGCGGCCUUUUUAGUCGACUUUUAUUAUAUUAAAGAACGAAGUCUGAACGAACAUUUUAGCGCACCAUCAUGUCUGCCAUCGCUGAAUUUGUUCCCCCACCGGAGUGUCCUGUUUUCGAGCCCAGCUGGGAGGAUUUUUCGGACCCACUGGGUUUUAUAAACAAGAUACGGCCCAUUGCCGAGAAAACUGGCAUCUGCAAAAUCCGACCCCCCGAGGACUGGCAGCCCCCGUUUGCCUGCGAUGUGCGGAACUUCCGCUUCACUCCACGCGUCCAGAGACUAAACGAGCUGGAGGCACUGACCCGUGUGAAGCUCAACUUCCUCGAUCAGAUCGCCAAGUUCUGGGAGCUUCAAGGCUCCCGACUCCGUUUCCCGCAUGUGGAGAGGAGGAUCUUGGACCUCUAUCAGCUCAGUAAGAUAGUGUCGGCCGAGGGCGGCUUUGAGACUGUCUGUAAGGAGAAGCGAUGGUCUAAGGUGGCCAGCCGCAUGGGGUUUCCCCCGGGCAAAGGCACGGGCUCCCUGCUCCGCUCGCAUUUUGAGAGGAUCCUCUACCCCUACGAGCUCUUCCAGUCUGGUGCCACGCUCACGGGGGUCCACAAGCUGUAUGAAGAAGGAGGGGAUGGAGAGGAAGUGGACGAGGGAAUGGAGAAAGAUGAGAGGACGGAGGAGGUGGAGGAGGUAGAGGAAGACGAGGAGGACUCUGAUGGCCUGUGUGACAUGGUGCAGGGCAAGACACGCCCCCUGCCUGAGAGGCGGUCCCGGCGGCUGAAGUCUGCUGAGAGAGAAAACAAGGAGCCAAAGGUUUUGCAGAUCUUUGGUGGGAGCCCUAAGAUGGUGGGGCUGGAGAUCGUACCAGCUGAUGGUGGCUUCAGGAAGCAGCGUAACCUCAAGGCCCAGGCCUUUGCCAUCAAGAUGCAGCAGCGAAAAGAGACAUUGGAGGUCAACUUCAUCGACUUGUACAUGUGCCUGGCAUGUGGCCGCGGCGACGAGGAAGAUCGCCUCCUGCUGUGCGACGGCUGCGAUGACAGCUACCACACCUUCUGCCUCAUCCCGCCCCUCCAGGAUGUGCCCAAGGGAGACUGGCGUUGCCCCAAGUGUGUGGCAGAGGAGUGCAGCAAACCACGGGAGGCGUUCGGGUUCGAGCAGGCAGUGCGGGAGUACACCCUUCAGAGCUUUGGGGAGAUGGCCGACCACUUCAAGUCUGACUACUUCAACAUGCCCGUCCACAUGGUGCCCACCGAGCUGGUGGAGAAGGAGUUCUGGAGGCUGGUGAGCAGCAUCGAGGAAGACGUGAUCGUGGAGUACGGAGCCGACAUCAGCUCCAAGGAGGUGGGCAGCGGGUUCCCCGUGAGAGACUCCAAGAGGAGGCUGCUGUCAGACGAGGAGGAGUACGCCAACUCAGGCUGGAACCUGAACAACUUGCCGGUUCUGGAGCAGUCGGUCCUGGCACACAUCAACGCCGACAUCUCGGGCAUGAAGGUGCCCUGGCUGUACGUGGGCAUGUGUUUCUCCUCUUUCUGCUGGCACAUCGAGGACCACUGGAGCUACUCCAUCAACUUCCUCCACUGGGGUGAGCCGAAGACGUGGUACGGAGUCCCUGCGCACGCUGCCGAGCAGCUGGAGGCGGUGAUGAAGAAGCUGGCCCCCGAGCUCUUCGACUCCCAGCCCGACCUGCUGCAUCAGCUGGUCACCAUCAUGAACCCCAAUGUCCUCAUGGAGCACGGAGUCCCGGUGUUCCGGACCAAUCAGUGCGCAGGGGAGUUUGUAGUGACCUUCCCCAGGGCCUACCACAGUGGCUUCAAUCAGGGCUACAACUUUGCAGAGGCUGUCAAUUUUUGCACUGCGGACUGGCUGCCCAUGGGCCGUCAGUGCGUGGCCCACUACCGCCGGCUGCAACGCUACUGCGUCUUCUCACACGAGGAACUACUGUGCAAGAUGGCGGCUGACCCCGAAAGCCUGGACGUGGAGCUGGCCGCCGCUGUCUUCCGGGAGAUGGGAGACAUGUUGGAAGAGGAAAGUCGGCUCAGGAAGGCGGUCCAGGAGAUGGGGGUGCUGUCCUCUGAGCAGGAGGUGUUUGAGUUAGUCCCAGACGACGAGCGUCAGUGCUACAAGUGCAAGACCACUUGCUUCCUGUCGGCGCUGACGUGCCACUGCAGCCCUGAGCGACUCGUGUGCCUGCACCACUCUGCUGAUCUGUGCGACUGCCCCCUGGCCAGCAAAUGCCUCAGAUACCGGUACACCCUGGAUGAGUUCCCCUCAAUGCUGCACGGGGUCAAGUCACGUGCGCAGUCUUACGACACCUGGGCCAGGAGGGUCACCGAAGCCUUGGCUGCUGACCAGAAGAACAAGAAAGACCUGAUAGAGCUGAAGGUGCUCCUGGAAGAUGCAGAAGACAGGAAGUACCCAGAGAACAACCUGUUCCGACGCCUCAAGGAGAUGGUGAAGGAGGCCGAGAUGUGCUCCUCCGUGGCCCAGCUGCUGCUGAGCCGCAAGCAGAAGCACAGGCAACGGCCGGAGGGCGGCCGAGCCCGCAGCAAGCUGACGCUGGAGGAGCUGAAAGCCUUCGUGGAGCAGCUCUUUCGGCUGCCUUGCAUCAUCAUCCAGGCGCGUCAGGUCAAAGAGCUGCUGGAGAACGUGGAGGACUUCCACGAGCGGGCGCAGGCGGCCUUAGCGGACGAGACGCCUGACUCUUCCAAGCUGCAUGCCUUGCUGGAGCUGGGCGCCGGGUUGGACGUGCAGCUGCCCGAGCUGCCACGCCUCAAGCAGGAGCUGCAGCAGGCGCGCUGGCUGGACGAGGUGCGGCUGGCGUUGGCUGAGCCCCAGCGCGUCACCCUGGAGGUCAUGAAGCGCCUCAUAGACUCGGGCGUGGGCCUGGCGCCGCACCACGCCGUGGAGAAGGCCAUGGCCGAGCUGCAGGAGAUCCUGACUGUGUCAGAGCGCUGGGAGGACAAGGCACGCACCUGCCUGCAGGCCAGGCCGCGGCACAGCAUGAGCACACUGGAGGGCAUCGUGAUGGAGGCCCGGAGCAUCCCUGCAUACCUGCCCAACGUCCUGGCCCUGAGGGAUGCUCUGCAGAAGGCCAAAGAGUGGACAGCGAAGGUGGAGGCCAUCCAGAAUGGCAGUAACUACGCCUACCUGGAGCAGCUGGAAAGCCUGUUGGCUCGCGGACGCUCCAUCCCCGUGCGCCUGGAUGCGCUGGCGCAGGUGGAGUCGCAGGUUGCGGCCGCCCGGGCCUGGAGGGAGAGGACAGCACGUACCUUUCUUAAGAAGAACUCCACCUAUACCCUCCUGCAGGUGCUGAGCCCCCGCGUGGAUAUCGGGGUUUACGGAAACAGCAAGAGCAAGCGUAAGAGGGCGAAAGAGCUGCUGGAGAAGGAAAGGGGCCUGGAGAUGGAGGGUCUGAGUGACCUGGAGGAUGGCCUGGACGACGUCCGUGAUCCGGCCACAGUGGUGGCAGCCUUCAAGACCAAGGAGCAGAAGGAGCUGGAGGCCAUCCACUCACUGCGGGCGGCCAACCUGGCCAAGAUGGCGAUGGCGGACCGCAUCGAGGAGGUCAAGUUCUGCCUGUGCCGCAAGACGGCCAGUGGCUUCAUGCUGCAGUGUGAACUUUGCAAGGACUGGUUCCAUGGAGCCUGCGUGCCGCUGCCCAAGGCGGGCACCCAGAAGAAAGGCCUAGCCUGGCAGAGCAAGGAGGCCAAGUUCCUGUGCCCGCUGUGCCAGCGCUCGCGGCGCCCCCGCCUGGAGACCAUCCUGUCGUUGCUGGUGUCACUGCAGAAGCUUCCAGUGAGGCUCCCUGAAGGCGAGGCGUUGCAGUGCCUGACGGAGCGGGCCAUGAGCUGGCAGGACCGCGCCCGCCAGGCCCUGGCCACCGAUGAGCUGUCGUCCGCCCUGGCCAAGCUGUCGGUGCUCAGCCAGCGCAUGGUGGAGCAGGCGGCGCGAGAGAAGACCGAGAAGAUCAUCAAUGCCGAGCUGCAGAAGGCCGCGGCCAACCCUGACCUGCAGGGUCACAUCCAGACCUUCCAGCAGGCCGGCUUCAGCAGGUCCACCUCGCCACGGCAAUCCAUGGACUACGAUGACGAGGAGACCGACUCUGAUGAGGACAUUCGAGAGACAUACGGCUACGACAUGAAGGUGACAUUUGACUCAGGUGGGAUGAAGCCCUACUUGUUCUGUGAUGAGGAGAUCCCUGUCAAAUCAGAGGAGGUGGUCAGUCACAUGUGGCCAGCAACGCCCUCCUUCUGUGCCGAGCAUGCCUACUCCUCCGCGUCCAAGUCCUGCGCACAGAACUCGGCCACGCCCCGGAAACAGCCGAGGAAGACACCCCUGGUUCCGCGCAGCCUGGAGCCCCCCGUGCUGGAGCUGUCCCCAUCAGCCAAGGCCCAGCUGGAAGAGCUGAUGAUGGUCGGCGACCUGCUGGAGGUCUCCCUGGACGAGACCCAGCAUAUCUGGAGGAUCCUGCAGGCUACGCACCCACCCUCAGAAGAACGCUUUCUGCAGGUCAUGGAGCCUGAGGAGACCGUCCUGGAGAAGCCGGUGAAGCUGAAGCCGCGGGACCCGGAGAAGAAACGCAAACGGAAGCUGGAGAAGGCAGAGCAGCUGCUGCUGGCGGGCGGCGAGGGCCGACCCAAGUCCAAGGACCUGAAGAAGGUGGAGGGCAAGCCCAAGAAGAAGAAGCUGAAGCUGGGCCCCGACAAGUCCAAGGAGCUGAAGCAGCUGGCCAAACGGCUAGCCAAGGAGGAGAAGGAGAGGAAGCGCAAGGAGAAGGCGGCCGUCAAGGCUGAGGCGGCCAAGGAGAGCCUGGAGAAGAAGCGGGAGAAGAAGGUGCUGGACAUCCCAUCCAAAUACGACUGGUCUGGCGCCGAGGACUCCAACGAUGAGAAUGCAGUGUGUGCGGCCAAGAACUGCCAGCGGCCGUGCAAGGACAAGGUGGACUGGGUGCAGUGUGACGGCGGCUGCGAUGAGUGGUUCCACCAGGUCUGCGUAGGCGUGUCCUGUGAGAUGGCAGAAAAUGAGGACUACAUAUGCUCAGCCUGCUCCCGCAAGGUGGCUGUAGGCGGGGCUGGGAAGGCGGGGACAGAUGUUGCCGGGCAGGCUCCGCCCCCAUGCUCCUUGCAGGGCCUCCCGCCCACCACCCUGCUACAUCUGCAGGACAGCAGCUAACGCAGAGAUGCCAGGGUGCCCGACCAGCCCAAGGGUAGCCCAGUGCUCCUUUUGUGAUUAUGAACCCAAAGUUUGUCUCGACAAAUGAGAACGUUGGACAUGCAUCUAAAUGAACGCACAGAGUCGGGAUCCUUAUGCACACCAGGGAAGGCCCCAGGUGUGGCUGCAGAUCGUUCUAGAAGAACGGUCACCUCGCCUGCACCUCAUCCCUCGAGCAGGGGUGACAGGAGCUAAACCCUACAACCCAAAAUGAGUUGACUGCGAUGUUACGCCGAGAGAAUGUCGCAGCUCAUGGAGACGUAUAUGCUGCAUCGAGAUGAUAAACCGGAUAUACCCGCUCCACCACGCAGAGAGGCAGUGGCUUCUGGCCUGGUUCUCAUCAUGAAAUCACUCACACUUUUCACCCGCAGCCGUAAUCCUGCCCCGCGGUACGGGUCAGUACGUAGGACUAGGAGAGUGGUUGUAUGUAGCGAACAUAUUUAUAAUGUAAAUAGGUUUUGAGCAUCAAAAUACCUGGGAUGUGGCUUUUUGUCGUUUAUCACCUUUAAUAAACUCUUCCUAGUCAAAGCUA